ACCCCAAAAAAUUAAAAGACAAAAAGGCACCAGGAUCCCAGGACGUUCGAACCGCUAUUCGCCAGGGCCUUCUUCAGAAGCAGAGAGAGAGAGAGAGAGAGUUCCAUAUAAAUAGAAGCAAAUACUCCCAUCCGAAGAAGAAAAGGGUUAAUUUUAGCUGAAUCACUCUUCGAGGCGUGGCGGCUGAGCUGAAGGAGAUCUUGGAGCUGAGAGGGGAUUUGUUGGAGUGGAGAUGGGCGAGGGCGAGCGGUUCCAGUUGGGGACCGUUGGCGCGCUGAGCCUGUCGGUGGUCUCGUCGGUGUCGAUUGUGAUCUGUAACAAAGCGCUUAUCAGCACCCUCGGCUUCACAUUUGCCACCACUCUGACAAGUUGGCAUCUCCUGGUCACAUUCUGUUCUCUUCAUGUGGCAUUAUUGAUGAAACUAUUUGAGCAUAAACCUUUUGAUGCAAGGCUAGUAAUGGGCUUUGGAGUUCUUAAUGGAAUCUCUAUUGGGCUAUUAAACUUAAGCUUGGGUUUCAAUUCUGUCGGUUUUUAUCAGAUGACAAAGCUGGCAAUCAUUCCUUGCACUGUUUUACUGGAAACUCUUUUCCUCAGGAAGAAGUUCAGUAGGAAUAUCCAGCUCUCACUUGCUAUCCUUCUUUUGGGCGUUGGAAUUGCGACUGUGACAGAUCUGCAGCUCAAUGCUCUGGGAUCUGUAUUAUCUCUGCUUGCAGUUGUUACAACUUGCAUUGCUCAAAUUAUGACCAACACUAUUCAGAAGAAGUUUAAGGUGUCUUCCACACAACUUUUGUACCAAUCUUGUCCCUAUCAAGCAUUGACUCUGUUCAUCAUUGGUCCAUUUCUUGAUGGUCUUUUGACAAACCAAAAUGUUUUUUCUUUCAAGUAUACUCCUCAAGUUCUGAUUUUCAUUGUGCUGUCAUGCCUAAUAUCAGUCUCUGUGAACUUCAGUACAUUUCUAGUAAUUGGAAAGACAUCACCUGUCACCUAUCAAGUCUUGGGCCAUCUGAAAACUUGCCUUGUCCUGGUUUUUGGUUAUGUUUUACUUCAUGAUCCAUUUAGCUGGAGAAACAUAUUUGGAAUUCUAGUUGCGUUAGUUGGGAUGAUCUUGUAUUCUUAUUUCUUUACAAUUGAGACCCAGCAAAAAGCUACUGAAGCAUCUGCUCAGAUAUCACAGGUAAAAGAAAGUGACUCUGAUCCUUUACUCACUGUUGAAAAUGGACCUGCUGUAGUAACAGAUGCUGCCGCUACAAAAGCCCCAGUGUGGAGCUCAGACAAGGAUUUGCGUGCGUGAAAUAUGCCCUGAUCCACAACAUCAUACAUGGAUCUAAACUUACAGGAUGCCAUUAUAUUAUAGGGGUUAGAAAUGUGACCCACCUGCUUGUACAAUCAAAGCAUUUUUACAAGACCAGUACUUGAGAGCAGAAAGGAUCAAAGGCGUUUUCCUAUGCAUUUUUUCCUGCUUUUAUAAGUUAAUAAUAAAGAAUUUUAUUCUUGUCAUGGGUACUGCCCCAAAUUAUGAUUUUAAAUCCAGACUUUCACUUUUUACAAUAAAAGCAAAAGCUCUUCUUCA